UCCGUCCUCUGGCUCUGGCUCUGGCUCUGGCGGCUCCUGGCUGGGACGGCGGCCAAUGCCCGGGGCUCCUCGUCGGGCUGGAGUCUGGAGGAGGAGAGCCCCGAGGGCUGCCGGGGUUCCCUUCGCCUCUGCCGGCCUCUGAUUGGACGGGGCCGGCCUCUGCGGCGGCGGCGGCGGCGGAAACCAUGGGCUAUUGCAGCGGCAGGUGCACCCUGAUCCUCCUCUGUGGCAUGCAACUGGUGUGUGUGCUGGAGAGACAGAUAUUUGAUUUCCUUGGUUAUCAAUGGGCACCAAUCCUGGCAAAUUUUGUACAUAUUAUUAUAGUCAUACUUGGCUUAUUUGGAACCAUCCAAUAUAGACCUCGCUACAUAACAGGAUAUGCUGUCUGGUUAGUCCUCUGGGUUACAUGGAACAUAUUUGUUAUCUGCUUCUACUUGGAGGCUGGGGACUUAUCAAAGGAAACAGAUCUUAUUCUGACUUUCAACAUCUCAAUGCACCGGUCUUGGUGGAUGGAGAAUGGCCCAGGCUGCACCGUAACAUCUGUGACCCCAGCCCCAGACUGGGCACCAGAAGAUCAUCGCUACAUCACUGUCUCAGGGUGUGUUCUUGAAUACCAGUAUAUAGAAGUGGCUCACAGUUCUCUACAGAUCUUUCUUGCACUGGCAGGAUUCAUCUACGCCUGUUAUGUUGUGAAAUGUAUCACCGAAGAAGAGGACAGCUUUGAUUUUAUAGGUGGAUUUGACUCAUAUGGCUAUCAGGGCCCACAGAAGACAUCUCAUUUACAGCUACAGCCCAUGUAUAUGUCAAAAUAGAAACAAAGAAGUCUGGAGUUGGACUGAAAGACCAAUCAAAGAUUGGAUUCUGACAUGACCUCCUAUGGAUUCUAAAAGACCUCUAUUAUAACCUAUAAUAGAACAGGAAUACUCAGAGACGGGGGCCUUGGUUUCUAAUAAAUAUGGACAACAUUGCACAAGAUCUCUUCUCUCCCAGCUUGGAUUUUCCAAAUUCAUAUACAGACGAUUCAAAAGGAGAAGCAGUGGCACCAUCUUCUGGCCACUGUCUACCUUCUUCCCCCCAUCUACUUCUGCCUCUCAGUUAUAAAAUUGUCUCAAUCAUUUUGGUUCUUAUGGGGGAUCUUUUGUACUCUGUCCGGACCUGUUUUCUCAGUCAAUAACUACUAAACAUACUGUGAUGACCUGGAAAGAGAAGUCAAUAGACAGCAAGUUGUUUGCCCUAAAGGCUGUAUAAUACAUACUUGCCUUAACCCAUCCUAAGUUGCACAUCAGAGAAAUUCGGUGUGGGCUUUCUGAAAUAACUUCCUUUAGGCUCAACCAUGCUGUUCAUUAAUUGUAAAACAUUUCUACGGCUGUGUCAAGUGAUAGACUGCUCCCCAGCAGUACCAAAGUUCGCUGUAUAAAAAACAUAUCUGAUGCCAGAGGAAAAAAUGCUUUGCUGUGAAGUCUCCAGAACACAUCUAAAUUAUUUCUGAAAGAAAUGGAUCAGUAAAGAGUUGGAAAUGCCAGGAAAAUGAACUCUUAUGAAAUUAAUAACUAUAAAGAAGCAGCAAAAACAGUGCUCCUUAACCCCACUGUUUGUAUUUGUGCACUAUAGGUGCUUUUAUAAAUGACUCUAUGUCUUUUACUGAUGACUAAGACAUCUGCAUAUUUCUAUCAACAGAGGCCAACUGAAUAUGUAUUCACUAUGUUUACUCUUUUAUAACUAAUUCCAGUUGAGAAUCCUAUGUAAGUGAGCUUUUUUUAAAAAAAUGAAAAACUGCAGCAUAUAAAACCUUUCUUUCUGGAUUUUGUUCUAUUUUUAGUUGGGGUGGGAGUAGUUGCAUUGGUGACAUUUUUGAAGAUCUUUUUUGUGGUUGGGGGAUCUGUUGUGUGUUAGAGUGUGUAUCUUAUCUUCCUGUAUUAUUGUGGCUCAAAAAAAAUCCUGUGCUGUUAUGUAGUUGGCAAGAAGAUGCCUUUGGAAACUUUACUAGUAAGUCAAUGUCUUUAUGAAAUACUCUUGACUCCUAGAAGCGUCUGUUUGUUCUGAAUUUGAGCUGUAUAUUCAGUCACGUCAGUGGCUUUUCAUUAGAAAGGAAUAUUUUGCUCAGGCUUUUUUAGAACUUGAAUUGCCCUAAUUUCUUUAUUUAAACCUUUCAGAUACAUCAGCCUCAGGCACUUGUUGGGCAAAGUUUCUUCUUGGCAGGGACAGAUUGUCUGCCAAGUAUUUGUCAAGCAACUUUUUUGUACACUUGCCCAUCUUUUCAGUUCUUUGUGGCCUAUAAAAUCUAUACUCCUCCAUAACAAUUCUCACCAUGUGUCCCUACAUAAAUCAUUCUGUUCAGCUCUCCUUCCACCACCCUACUCUUUGAUGUCUUGCAUGGAUGUAAUAUGUCACAAAGAAUAAAUCUGAUCACAACAGAACAGAAGUUCAUUAGAAAAACAAAAAUGCAUAUUCCAGUUCAAGUAACAUUGGUCCAGUGGUGUGCAUGGAAGUGGGUGUAUCUAUAAUAAUGAUAACAUUCACGUUGUACAGUGGUCAGAACAUAUAAAUUCCAAAACUGUAAAUCCUGUGAGAUCAACUGUCAGAACCUUAAGUAUUUGCCUCAUUGUAACUACACUAGUGCUGGCAUGGCAUCAUCAUUAAUGAUGUCACAUUGGUGUAGCUUUUGAGGAUGCUCCAUUAUCUUGCUUCUUUGCUGAAUCACCAUUUUAGGCCAGGACCAAAAGACACUACUUCUAUAAACCGUCAGUUAACUACUAGUGCCAUUUGUCUGGAAUAUGUUGCAUGAAAACAGUGUCCUUAACCUUAUUUCUUACACUGGCUGUUUUAAAAUUGUUGGCCUUUACAUAUCUCAGACUUCUGGACUGUUGAAAGGUGAUAGUAGAGUUUCUGGAGGAGCCAUUGUUUGAUCUAUAUAGUGGUUCACCCUUACUAAACACUUUCAAAGAAAUAACUAUGCCUAUUUCUCUUACUCAUAGAAUCAUAUACACAGAAAUUAUAACAGCUUGCUUUCCAUCUUUAUUAGCAAACGUGAGGCUCGUGAUUCAGUUUAGAAUAAUUCAGUAUGAGCUGACUAACCUGUGGCAUUUCAUCAGCCCAUGCUUUGCUCCUUCUUGAAUGAGCAUGUCAUUCUGCUACCUCUGUACAGUAUCUCAUAACUGGAGUGAUAUCCAUUAGGAAAGAACUAUCAUAUUGCUGCUGCUGGAAAUCAUAAAAGGGAUCUUUCCUAGAAUGUAUCAUAUUUGCCACAAAUAUCCUGCUCUGUUUGUGUGUGUGUGUGUGUAUGUUUGGGAGGGUAGGGGAAUUCUAGGCAGUAUAGGACCAAACUAAAUGAGAAACAGAAAUUACAAUCCUUUCUUAUUAGUUUUGUGCCCAUUCAUCAGUAUUGCCAGAUAAGUGAGAAUAUUUAUAAACAUCUAGGAAACAAGGACUUCCAUCAAUGGUAUGGGACCCUUUGCUGACUUACAGCCAAAUGUUCCAGGCUUACUUAACCAGGACUACCAUUCAGUACCACCUGUUUUUCUGUAGCACAGAAGCUUCCCUUGUUAUGGCUAGAAGUCUUUUAAAAAAGCAUGAGUACGAAAAUGAAGGUGAGAAAGACAACAAGUCCCUUUACUUGAAGUGGCUUGCAGCACAUGUUUAAAGACAAACAUGUCUAAUUUGGCCUAAUCUUUGUGUGGACUUCAUCAAAUGCAUCAUGUUCAACUUUAAGAUGCCACCAGACUAUUCAUUUGUGAAUGUUUCUGCAUCCAGGAUAGAUUUCUAUUGCAAGAGGGAUAGAGUAUCAGUUCUUUCUCUCAGUUUGCCUAGAUGUGAAAUGAAAAUUCCUCAUUUUUCACUUUGAGGUGGGAUUUUGAAACCCUCCAGAUGUCAUUGAACUACAGAUCCCAGCAGCCCUACCAGAACAGCCAAUGGUGAUUAAUGCUGAGAAUUUUCAUUUAACAUCUGCAGAACCACAUGAUUCCCGCCCUUCUCUGAAUGGCACUAGUGGGAAAAUAAAAUUGAAGGAUUUGAAUUAGUCAAAGAAAUCAGAGAAGGGAGAACUCUGUCCACUCUCAAACCAGGAGCCCAUUUACACUACACAAUUAUAACAUUACUAUGCUACUUUAACUACUGUGUUUUCAUCCUAUGGAUUCCAGGAAACUGCAGUUUAGGGAAGGGUAGUUAGAAUUCCCUACCAGCGAGAUCUAGUGCCUCACCAAACUACAAACCUUAGGGUUCCAUAGUAUGGAACUGUAGCAGUUAAAUUGGGAUAGUAGCACUGUAGUUGUGUGGUGUGGACAGGCCUCAGGUUAGACAAAAGAAAUAUCUUUGGGAUUACUGCUGCCUAAAGUGAGACGAGAAAGUCACACUAUUACAAAUUUGCUCGAAAUGAAAUGGCUUAUAGUGUUGCUGUGACCAAAAGAGGAGAGAAAUGCAGGGGUCCAUUACAUUAUUUCCUCCUUUGUUACAAGAGUGCUGGAUAAUCAUAAAACCUGUGAACAUUAAAACAUUAUGAUAAGAACUCUAUAUGGAUAAUGUGGCAACACUGCCAUGUAUACAGAAAUAAUACAUAUACAUUUAAUAUUAGGUCUUCAUACAUGCUUGGAUUGCAGCUAAAUUACUACCACCAAAAUAAUUUCAGGACUGUCAACUGCUACAGAGAAUAAAUUAAUGGACACAUCUGCUAUGGAAAGAAUUUUAGAGCACAGUAGUGUGAGAAUAUCUGAAAUACUGUUGUUGAAUUGUACAGCUGUAUCCUCCUCAAAAUCCAGUGAAGAAUGUUAUUUUUCUAGGCUGGGCUUUUUUGUUGUUAUUAUAAUUCCAAAUAUUCAGAAGACAAGUGUUAACAAUUCAAAUGUCUCUUUUUGUUAUAGUCAUUUGUUAAUUCUGAAUGUAUUUUUAACAGAAGGUGGUUUUUUUUGACUAACUAGUGUAAUUUGCAUUUUAAAAAAUAAAUGGGGAAAAUACAAGUUUCCAAGUUUUAAUGACCCCCUCCUGUUUUUCACACAUUUCCUAGACACAAUUCUCAGAAGAGCAAAAAUACCACACACACACACACAGGAACAAGCCUAUUAUAUUUACAUGAAGGCAAUUUUGAGCCAAGCUCCACAUGGAUGUGUCAGCACAGAACAGAAAUUGCCAGGUCAUGACAUCAUUUUAACUCUGUCAUAGGUAACGUGGUAUUUUCAUUAUCUACUGACACUAAAAGGCUUCUUUCACCAGGCUGACUGUAAUAGACUCACUGCCAUUUAAAAUAUGCCUCUUUUUUGUUUUGUUCUCUCACCUGUGAAGUUAAACCUCUGAUAGCUUUCCAGUAACCAGUCUCAAUGGCUGAGA